CGCUCCAGGUUCUCGCACAUUGCGGACCAAAGAGGAGCUGGAGCGGCUCUCAGCUUGAGCUGGCCGCUUUGCAUUGAGCCGGCCAGUAACGUAAGCGCAAAGGGUCCCUUCGGAAGACACCAGGGUUAAGUUCAGACAGUGCCCAGAGCCUGAAAACAAGCUGCUGGUUGCGUUCUUUAUUUGCAUCGCUUGGGUAGGAGACAGACGUGUUUGGAUUUGCAGCUCCUUUCACUGCAGCCAGUGCCCGCAGGCUUUGCAACGGAACUGCAAAAUUCUGGCUCUGCAUCUUGCUUAACUGCGGCUCUUCAUGUCAAACUUUCGGCUGCAGCGACCCUCUUUAGGCCCUCGGAUUAGCUCAGCCUCUGCCAAUGAGGAAGAACCUCAGAAGGAAGCGGAACAGCAAAAUUGCCUCCAUUUAAAGGGGCACUGCUCUCAUUUUUUUUCCCCAAGAAAAAGUUAUCAGCAAAUCCUUGACAUGAAGGAAAUCACGGAUAGCAGUAUGGAUGGUUUACCCUUGUACUGGGCCAGUGAUCACACCGGCUUCUGUGGCACAAUUAAGAAUUCUGCCAGUGACUUUGUGGUCACUGAGAUCAAUAUGCACGGACAGCUAGUCAGUGAUGUUGGAGCUGAUUGCAACCAGGAUCCUUGGAACAUUGAAUGCGAGCAAGAAAAGUCCCAUCCAUCACGCAACAAGAGACUGAAGAAACAAGAGAAAACACUGGGAAAUGUUUCUGAAUGGCCAAACUCUGACAAAUCGGAGGAUGCCAAAGUUGAGCACAGCAAAAUUAACCAGACUGCUGGUAGCAAUUUGUCAGAAUCUGCAGCUAACUCUCCUUCAAUGCAAGCAUCAGAAACACAGGGAGGUACCUUGGAUUUGCUUUUGGGUAGCUCUGUAACAGAAAUGCUGGAAAAAUUUGCGUUUUCAGCUAAAGAACGGAAGCCUGCAGAAGCAGAGGGGACGGAAGGAGAGACCACACUUUUACUUGGAACUUUUCAAGAGAAAAGCCAACGAGCUGCCAUUCACUUGGCUGUCCGUCAGAAAUUUCCCUUCCUGAAGACAGUUACCAGCAGUGCUGAAAUUCGGGUCAGACUUGACCCUCAGUAUUCGGAGCUCUGCCAGUUAGUGUCUGAAGAAGAAGCUGAUGGUUUUUUCUGUUUCUUGGAUUCAAAAGAUAGAAGCUCUAAGUUCAUAUUUCAGCCUGAUGGAAGUAAGGAACACCGGAAGGCCGUCCACCAUUUUAUCAGCAAAUACUUUGGGAAACUGGUGGAAACGAAAAGUUUUUUGGAGCAAGAUGGCAGCAGUCACCGAGGUGCAGAGAUUACCGUGAGGUUUAGAGACAAGGUUCCACCUGGCAGGAAACGACAUGCCAAUGAUUGCCAGGCAAUGCCAGCAACUUAUACAGCAUUUACCCUGUGUAAAGUGAACAUCGAAACCCUAGAGGCAGUCGCUUGCUUGGCCAAAGAACUUGGUGUGGUGCCAUCGGAUUUCAGCUACGCAGGCAUCAAAGACAAGAAGGCCGUUACUGCCCAGACUAUGGUAGUGAAGAAUGUGACAAUCGACAGGUUAAAAGCAAAGCAACUGUCAAUCCAGAGCAAAGGUUUGAAAGUCUAUAAUCUGUGCCCUACAACUCAGCACUUGCGAGUUGGCCAGCUGAAAGGAAACCAUUUCAGUAUCAUGAUAAGAAACAUCAGCAAGCACCAGGAAGAUGAUCCUGAUACGAGUCUUACAGAUAGAGUGUUUGAAGCAAUUGAGAAAGUCAAGGAGAAAGGAUUUGUGAACUACUACGGACCUCAGCGAUUUGGCCUAGGACAGAAUGUUCAGGCAGAUCAAAUUGGUUUAGCUCUCCUCAAGGAAACGUUGGUGAAGGCCGUGCAUUUAUUCUUUACACCAGAAGAAGGAAAUGACCCUGUUAAUAAGGCCAAGAGACAUUAUAUUCAGACUGAGGAUGCCAAGGAGACACUUGCCUUGAUGCCAGAGUACAAAGUAAGAGAGCGACUGGUGCUGUGUGCAUUAAAUCGGUAUGGCAGCAAUCAGGAGGGUUGUGUCCGGGCUUGGCUUAGUUUGCCACACUCCAUGCGUGCUCUUUACAUACACUCAUAUUGCAGUAAGGUGUGGAAUAAAGCUGUAUCUUUUCGCCUGAAGACUUACGGUUUGAAGGUUGUAGAGGGAGACUUGGUUGCUUGUGAUAAUCUCGAGUGGGAUCUGUCAUAUCAAAACAACAUGGUCCAUGUUGUGACGACUGAAGAUCUGGAGUCAAACGUUUAUUCCAUUAGCCAAGUUGUUCUUCCGAUGCCUGGUAAUAACAUCCAGUAUCCAUGCAACAAGCUAAAAUUAUGGUAUCAGGAAGCUUUGGCUAAGGAUGGACUGAAGGCGUGCAAGUUUAGAAUCCCUGCAUUACAACUGAACAUUCCUGGAUGCUACCGGAGGAUCCUAGCACAACCUCAGCAACUUGUGUUUCACUGGUUAGAAAGCAAGGAAAUGCCUUUUACAAAGGAAGAUGCUGGCCUUGUUACUGAUGAACCCAGGAAGCCUCAGGAAAUUAGAGACUCUCUUUCUGUGUCCUUUAGCCUGAAAUCAUCAUGCUAUGCAACAGUGUGUCUUAGAGAAAUAAUGAAAUGCAAUGUCUAAUUCUUCUCACUUUAUUGUUUUAUUAACUGUCAGCUUUAGCCUCAGUCUGUCACCAUUCAAUAUUAUCACAGAGGAACGGAAGAUGAGGGAAUGCUUUUGGGAUCUUGAUGCUCACUUUUAGGAACAAGGCCCAUGUAUUUAUUGAUGAAGGCCGUUCUGUAAAAAAGGAAUGUGUCCUGCUCUUUACAGAGUUGAAGCUAUUGCAGAUUGAUUUGGUUCAACAACGUGGAGAGUUGCAAUACUCAGUGAAAUUGGGGUUAAAGACACCCCCAGAUGUUAAGGAGUCAUGAGGUGAAAGUUAGAAACUUUCUUCCAGAAAAACAGGAAAAAUCAAGAGAGCAAUACCUAUUCUGUCUCUCAUGGCAUUUACACAGAGCCUGAAGCAGAUCCAGCCUCUCACCUAGAAAUGGUCCAUCCUGAGGGAAACCGGAGAGUAAGAAAAGGCAGAAACUAACAGAAAAAAACCUAAGCAAUGACUAAAGUUACAGAGGAUGAAAGUCAAAUUGAGAGAUGCAAUUAAAUAUAUUUUUAGGCAUGGAGUGUUUGUCCUUUAAUUGUCCAGUGACCACUUGGACCUGAGUUUAUUUCAGGUUUUAUGCCAAUGUUGGUGAUGGGCCUUGGCCAAUCCAGCAGGUAGUUCAGAUGAAACAAAAUUACCCUGAACCUUGACAGAUUUUUGAAUAAUAAACUGGGAAUGACCAAUGCUGCCUA